AAAAAAAAAAAAAAAAAAAAAAACAGAAACUGAGUGAGUAUAAGUUAAACUAAGCUAAGAAGUGAAAUUAGUUUUCUAAAAAAACUUUGAAUUUAACAUACCCUUAAUGAGUAAUGACUCUAUUUAAUAAGUGUACGUAAGUAACUAAACGGACACGACGUUUUGUUAACAAACAAUCUACGUGGGCAAAAACAAAUAGAGACUGAAAGAGUAUUUUGUAAAUGUUAAGCGCUUGAUCAAAUUUGAAGUUUGAAAGGUGAGGGCAACCCCAAAGCGGCGGGAGCAUCUUAAGUUCGUAACUCAUUUCCCAGAAACAAUUUCAGCAACUGAUAAUGGAGGUCCAAACUAUUCGCAGUCGAAUUGAUGAAUUAUCCACUUUCCUCUCAAAUUCCGCUACCAAUUCCGUAGUUUCCUCUUCAGAUUUUGACACUGUUCUUCAAGAUUGCGUUCAAGCUCUAGAGACCAAUGUGAAAGAAAUUGUCUCAGAGCAUUCUGAUGUUGGGUUUUUCAAAGAUGAAGAUUUGGAUGCUUACAUGGAUUCUUUGAGAGAUGAUCUUAGGACGACAGAGGCUGAAAGUGCGUCUCUAUCCAAUGAAAUCGAGAGUCUUAAAAAAUUGCACACGGAAGGUACUUGUCAAUUGGAAAGUAAUAUUGAGUCAUUGCACCAUCUCUUGGAGCAUACUGGUUUGGAGGGACUGGGGCUAGCAGAAACAGCAGAACAUGAUGAUAAAAUCAAAUCUGGAGAGGGUCAACCUGAAGCAAAGGCACUUCAUGAAGACUACCUCAAGGUUUUGAAGUUGAAACAUCAAAUUGAGAUGAACAAUGCGACAUUGAAGUCCUUGGAGGAUCUUGACCUCAACUUGAAAAGGAUUGAGAUAAUUGAAAACAUCGAGGAGGCAUUAACUGGUUUGAAGGUGAUAGACCUUGAAGGAAAUAUAAUAAGGGUGUCACUGAAGACAUACAUUCCAGAUGUUGAAGGUGAGAUGUGUCGGCUGAAUUCUGAAGAUAAUUUCAAGCAGUGUGAAGUGAACCAUGAGUUACUAGUAGAGGUCAUUGACGGGACUAUGGAUCUUAAAAAUGUAGAGAUUUUUCCAAAUGAUGUUUACAUAGGGGAGAUUGCUGAAGCUGCAAACACCUUCAGCAAAUUAUUUACUGUGUUGUCAGUACCCCAGACAAGGUCUUCCUUGGGAUGGUUUUUGCAGAAAGUCCAAGACAGAAUCGUCAUUUGCACUUUAAGACGGUUUAUGGUGAAGAUUGCUAAUAAGUCCAGGCAUUCAUUUGAGUAUUUGGACAAGGACGAGUUAAUCGUUGCUCACAUGAAUGGUGGGAUAGACGCCUUUAUAAAGCCUUCUCAGGGUUGGCCACUAUCAAUUUCCCCACUUAAACUAAUCUCUUUCCGGAGUACUAAUCAGAAUGCAGAAGAUAUUUCUUUGAGUUUGUUUUCUAAAGUUGAGGAGGUGGCAAAUUCAUUUGAUUUAACUAUACGGAAAAGCAUAACAAGUUUUGUGGAUGGCAUUGAAGAGAUAAUUAUGGAGAAAAUACGCCUAGAACCUCACCUUUAAUAUACUAUCAUGAAUACCAUGGCCCUUGGAAUCCAGUCGUCCACCACUACGUUAAUGG